AUGCCAACCAAAAAUCGCCUAAGUCUUUCCCCGUUUAAAGCGAUUGCUCUCUGGCUACCAUCACUCUUGAUCAUGUACAGCAGCCGCGGUGACAGAUACGGCGAUUCUUCCUCUCGUGGCGAUCGUGGGCUCGAACUUGGACAGGUCUUGUGUCAGUGGGACCUGUCGAAGCUGCCAGUCUUCGAAAAGAACUUUUACUAUGAGCAUCCGGACGUAACCAAGCGCUCGGAAGACGAGUAUGAGAAGUGGAAACGCGACAAUCAGAUCAUCGUGUCAGGCAAGGGAGUGCCCAAGUGCGUGCUUUCGUUCGAGGAGGCAUCUUUUCCUGAGUACGUGUUGGAGGAGGUAGUGCGUCUGGGCUUCGACAAGCCCACACCUAUUCAGUGCCAGGGCUGGCCCAUGGCUCUCUCAGGACGAGACAUGGUCGGUAUUUCGGCGACAGGAUCUGGCAAGACGCUGGCUUUCUUGCUGCCAGCAAUCGUGCAUAUUAACGCACAGGUUCGUAUUCUUCAGAGUCUUUUCACAAAGUUGUGUAUAGCACACGACGGCUGUUCACGCUCUGACAAGAAAAAGCAGCAUGCGAACACCUCAAAUCCCUCGGCGCUCGCUUGUGUUUGCUUUCUCCCUUACCUGCAGCCCGGCGAUGGUCCGAUUGUGCUGAUGAUUGCCCCUACGCGUGAGCUGGCUGUUCAGAUCCAAGCGGAGUGUAACAAGUUCGGCGCGAGCUCCAAGAUCAAGAACACGUGUGUGUAUGGCGGCGUCCCCAAGGGCGGCCAGAUCGCUGAUCUUCGUCGCGGAGUGGAGAUCUGUAUCUGCACGCCUGGCCGUAUGAUUGACAUGCUCAGCAUGGGCAAGACGAACCUGCGUCGUGUGACGUACCUGGUGCUUGAUGAGGCUGAUCGCAUGCUGGAUAUGGGUUUUGAGCCGCAGCUACGCAAGAUCGUGAGCCAGAUCCGACCUGACCGUCAGACGCUCAUGUGGUCGGCGACGUGGCCCAAGGAGAUCGUGGCGCUCGCCAACGACUUUUUGACGGACUUUAUUCAGGUGACUGUUGGGUCAUUGGACCUGACGGCGAACAAGAGGAUCAAACAGAUCGUCGAGGUAAUGGACGACCACCAGAAGUACAGCUCGCUGCAGGACCAUCUGCGCGACAUCUACGAGGGUGGCCGUAUCAUUAUUUUCUGUGAGACGAAGCGCGGAGCUGAUGAACUGAGUCGGAACUUGCGCAACACUCGCUACAUAUGCAAGGCCAUUCACGGUAACAAGUCGCAGGAGGAGCGUGACUAUGUGCUGCGUGAGUUCAAGGACGGCAGGACGCAGAUCCUAGUCGCUACUGAUGUGGCUUCUCGUGGUCUGGACAUCAAAGAUAUUCGCUACGUGGUAAACUUCGACAUGCCCAAGAACAUUGAGGACUACAUCCACCGUAUCGGUCGUACAGCUCGUGCUGGCAACAAGGGAACGUCCAUCUCCUUCUUCACGGCUUCCAACAACGGCAGGUUGGCUGGUCCUCUCGUGAAGAUUAUGGAGGAGGCAGAGCAGGAAGUGCCUCGUGAGCUACGCGACCUGGUUGGUCGCGGUGGCGGUGGUGGACGUGGCCGCGGUGGCUUUGGCGGUGGCCGUGGCGGCCGUGGUCGCUGGUAA